AUGGCAGAACUUUUAGGGUCUAGAUUAAAACAGUGGAAUCUUCUCCAAUCUGAUGUUAAAGUUUCCUAUUUCAGAAAACGGCAACAAAAUCUUCUUCGUUUUUUUGAGAAGAAAAACAACCUUGUUGUUUGCGUUGAUAUCUAUGGUUUAAUGUAUUGUCUCAAUUUGAACUAUGAUCCAAAAAUGCAAUUAGACUAUACCAAAUACUGCUGCUUCAUGUGUAUGUGGGACAUAGAAACAAAAUUUCAUAUUACACACAAAAGGACUGGCCUGCAAGAAAUCUCAACAAAGAUACAUGAACUUGUGAAAGAUCCUGCAUUUGAUGAAGUUUUGAAGGGGCAAGAAAAAGAAACUUGGGAAUCUCUCAAGGGAGUGAUUUGUGGAUUUUUAGGCCACAGAAGAGAUGAUAACUACAUCCAAUUGUUAACAGUACUUCUGCAAAAAUGCCAUCAACUAAGACGUAACAUGUCCUUGAAGAUUCACUUCCUCCACUCACAUUUAGACUUCUUUCCACUUUGUGGAGCUGUUAGUGAUGAACAUAGAGAAAGGUCCCACCAAGAUAUUUCUGUAAUGGAAAAAAGAUAUGAGGGUCGUUGGAAUGAAGCUAUGCUUGCAGAUUAA